AGUUUCAAAGACAGAUGCAUACGGAAGUUUAUAAACGAAAUCAAUAACAAUAAUCCUGUAUCAGUUAACUGAACAAUCUAAACCAAAGAAAGAUUUGGGACAGCCUUCUAUUAAUAUACAUAUGUAUGUUUCGAAGAGAAAAAUUCAAAGUGAUCUGAGUAGCAUGUUUGGUAUAGACACGAGAGGCGAGACAGGAGUUCAAAAUUAAUUGGCUGGCCAGUAACCGGUGAAGUGCGGUACCGAAGCAGUUGCCACGAGUCCGUGCCGGUGGAUCCUCACGACUAAUUAGCCGAGCUAAUUAUUUGAAAUUGAAACGCGUUCCGAGGCGAAUUAGUGAGACUUUUUUGUUCCUUAAAAAUUAAGUACUCGUAUUAUAUUACAUGUCUAGAUAGAAUGGAUGAAAGGCUUCUGAAAAGCCAUGACGAACUAGCAUUAAAAACUCAAAAAAUAACCACUUCAAUGGGACCCGAGAUCACAUAUGACAUCCACAGGAGAAGAAUUAGUUCAAGAGAUGAGCUGGCAGGGUCUACAUCUUCUAGACACGGGGAGCCCACUCCUGAGCUCACGACAUACGGAGGCAUUAAAUUAGGAUGGGUGCAGGGCGUAUUAAUACCAUGCCUGCUGAACAUCUGGGGUGUGAUGCUGUUUCUCCGCAUGGCGUGGAUCGUGGCGCAGGCGGGCAUAGGCCUGUCUAUCCUCAUCAUCUUCAUAUCGGGAAUCGUGUGCUGCAUCACUACGCUCUCUCUCAGCGCUAUAUGCACUAAUGGAGAACUUCAAGGAGGUGGCGUAUAUUUCCUUGUAUCCAGAUCUUUAGGUGCAGAGCUCGGUGCAUCAGUGGGAAUAAUAUUCGCGUUUGCCAACGCUGUAGCAGCCAGCAUGAACACUAUAGGAUUUUGCGACUCACUCAACGAAUUGCUCAAGGCUAAUAGUUAUAAAAUAAUAGAUAAUGGCCCGAAUGACACGCGAAUUGUUGGUGCUAUAGCUCUGUUCGUUAUGUGUGUCAUAUGCGCCAUCGGCAUGGACUGGGAAACUAAGACUCAAAACUUUUUGAUUACCGUCAUACUUACAGCGAUAGCUAAUUUCAUACUUGGUGCAGCUCUUGGCCCAGGCUCAGAUCAAGACAAAGCUCGCGGUUUUGUGGGACUCAGUUUGGAACAGGCUCGAGCAAACUGGUCGCCUGAUUUUCGGUACAGUGAGGGAUCAUACCACGAUUUCUUCAGCGUUUUUGCUAUUUAUUUCCCCGCUGUAACAGGUGUUCAAGCAGGUGCCAAUAUUUGUGGUGAUCUAAAAGACCCAGCGACGGCGAUACCUAAAGGGACGUUCCUAGCUCUAGCCAUAUCUAUAACAUCAUACUUGACGAUGGCAACACUGUCAGGGGUGGGGGGCCUGAGAGACGCAUCUGGCAACACCACCGACAUCGCUAACGGUUCCAUUAGCGAUUGCAAGCCCAACUGCAAUUACGGACUCCACAAUAGCUACGAAAUAAUGCAUCUUAUGGCAUUCUUCGGGCCUCUGAUCUACGCGGGGUGUUGGGCAGCAACCCUGUCAACUGCUCUAACGAAUCUGCUGUCAGUGCCACGCCUGAUCCAAGCGCUGGGCUUCGACCGCAUCUAUCCUGGACUCAUCUUCUUUUCAAAGCGAUACGGUCGGCACGGCGAACCGUACAGAGGAUAUGUGCUCACCUUCUUGGUGUCCGUCUCUUUUCUGCUCAUUGCGGACUUGAACACGAUAGCACCGUUGAUCACAAACUUCUACCUCGCCUCGUACGCGCUCAUCAACUUCUGCACGUUCCACGCGGCAUUCUUCAAACCUCUCAACUGGAGACCACGGUUCAGGUUCUACAACACGUGGGUGUCGUUGAGCGGCUUCUUGUUGUGUCUCGUCAUAAUGAUGGUCAUCAGUUGGGUGAUGGCACUUCUCACCACCUUUAUUUUCAUCACACUCUAUCUCUUGGUACUCUAUAGAAAGCCAGAGACCAGCUGGGGCAGUAGUACGGACGCCCAACGUUACCAGGAGACCAUCUCGUCGAUAGUGCAGCUGUACCACAUGACCGCUCACGCUAAGGCCUUCAACCCUCAGUUGCUGAUACUCUCUGGGAAGCUCGAAGCGAGGCCCUGGCUUGUAGACCUCGGAACCCUCAUCACUAAGACCGGAUCGUUUAUGAUUCUCGCAGAAAUUGAGCCAACGGAGCUGAGCCGGGUGGAGCGGAAUCAGCGACAGCUGGCGGGCGAGGAGUGGCUGCGGGAACGUAAGCUGCGCGGGUUCUACGUGCUCAUCCAGGGCGAGGAGCCGGAGCGGUCGCUGCGGGCGCUGGUGCAGGCGACGGGGCUCGGCCGCAUGGCGCCGAACAUCGUGCUCUACGGCUUCAAGUACAACUGGGCCACCUGCUCUCACAACGACCUGCUGGCCUACUACCACAUGAUACGGCUGACAUUCCGAUUCGAAAUGUCAGUGGCGAUCUUUUACGUUCCAACCAACAUGCGCCCUAAGAAAAAGCCACCAUCGUCAGUGCCUUCUCCGGGAGCGGACACUGGCACGCCGAUGGAGUACUAUGAAGACCGCGCGACGCGAUUGCGAACGCUCGCGGUCAUGAGUUCCACUUCCGAUGUCAAUUUACAGCAAUCUACGACACACUAUGAGGUUGAUGAUUUUUCUAGAAGGAGUCACACACCACCACCUGUGAGAGAGAGAGAGAGUUACGAUGUGGUAUCUCUAAGGCUCUCACCGUCUCAGAUCAGUCGCACGGGGGCCCGCAGAAUUGGAGCCUACAAACCUUUGACUUUCAACAGCAAUAGUAUUUUAGACGCAUGGUGGCUGUAUGACGACGGUGGCAUGAACAUUCUUCUGCCUUACAUAAUAGCUCGAAGAAGUGUUAAAGAGAAAAUGAUGCUGAGAAUAUUUGCUCUUCCACGAGGGAAAACACCAAUAAUUGAGGCACAGAGACAGAUGUCGUCCCUACUGAAGAAGUUCCGCAUAGACUACACACAGCUGACAAUGGUGACGGGCCUCGCAGACAAGCCAGCCGCCUCAACGUGGACUUUGUUUAACAAUAUGAUUAAGAACCAUAGAACGGUUAGCGAUGACGAGACCCUGAUAUCGGAAGAAGAAGCAGUGCGACUGUACGAUAAGACUUCCAAGCACUUGAGAUUACGAGAGCUGCUGAUAGAGAACUCUUUCGGCGCAGACUUUAUCGUCAUGACGUUGCCUUUUCCCAGACAGGGCAUAUCGGCGGCCAUGUACAUGGCUUGGAUGAGCGUCAUGAGUCAGGAUAUGCCGCCGCUACUGUUCGUACGUGGCAACUCAACUGUCGUCAUCGCAUAGCUCAUAUUAUCGCUACAAAUCGAAUUGUAUUGUAUAUCAAAUUGAUUAAUUAUUCUUCUAAGUAAGCUUUGGUGUCCACAAGUGUAUAUUGUAAAAUCUUGGUUGCACCAUUUUAACGCUAAACCAAACCACAACCGGCCGUAUACUUGCCACCCAUUGGUUAAAUCGGCGAUUUGACAACUGAAAAUGGUUCGGUUAUCGUUAAAAAUAGAUGGUGAAACUCACCGUUAGUAUAAUGUGAUGAUAAACAAAACUAGUAAAGUCAAUAUAUUACAAGAUUUUUUAUUUCACACGUAUUUUCACAAGGGUUUUAAUUUAAAUUUAGAACAGAAAGUAAUUAUAAAGUAUUUACAGAUAUAAGAAUUAACAGACGUUCCAGAUUAACAAUUACAUAAUAUGAAACAAUGUUAUAAGAGAAACGUGUUUGGAUACAUUGUUAUUUACUUAGUGUCAGACCAACGUACUAUCGCUCGCAGGACUGCAUAACAAAUAUUUACACCGAGUGCCAAAUAAAAUAAUAGUAUUGUUUACAAGUGUGUCGUGCGCGGGAGAGUAAGCGGGCCUGAAGCACCGGGAGGCAGAGUACACGACAGUUAACACAAGGACAGUUCGAGCAACAGUGUAGUGGCGCGGAGGGACUGUACAAGAGAUUCACAUUGCAGGAAGGAAACUGUCCGCGCGGACAAACAGAACUCUCGUCUACUGCGAUAUGUACGUUACGUAACAGGACGGCGAUUCUAAAUAUAUAGAUCUGUCAUUCAUUAGAUAUGUCGCUAUGCUUUCUAUGAAAAAUAAAUAUGUUGUCACUCCAAAAUAUACUCCUUUACUUUCUUCA